ACUAUGGCACCAGCUGACUCUGCAAGUUUUGGACUUUGUUCAGGACCCUUGCUUUGCCCAAGGAGAUGGACUCAUCAAGCUCUACGAGAACUUCAUCAGUGAGUUCGAGCACAGGGUGAACCCUUUGUCCCUGGUGGAGAUCAUCCUGCAUGUCGUCAGACAGAUGACAGAUCCCAAUGUGGCCCUUACUUUCCUGGAAAAGACUCGAGAAAAGGUGAAGAGCAGUGACGAAGCCGUCAUCUUGUGUAAAACAGCCAUUGGGGCACUGAAGCUGAACAUCGGGGACCUGCAGGUCACCAAGGAGACCAUUGAGGAGGUCGAGGAGAUGCUGAACAACCUCCCUGGGGUAACUUCAGUUCACAGCCGCUUCUACGACCUCUCCAGCAAGUACUACCAGACGAUUGGGAACCACGCCUCGUACUACAAGGAUGCUCUGCGGUUUCUGGGGUGCAUUGAUGUUAAAGAUCUGCCGGUGUCGGAGCAGCAGGAGAGAGCCUUCACCCUGGGACUGGCAGGGCUCUUGGGAGAAGGUGUUUAUAACUUUGGGGAGCUGCUCAUGCACCCCGUGCUGGAGUCCCUGAGGAACACGGAUCGGCAGUGGCUGAUCGACACACUUUAUGCCUUCAACAGCGGGAACGUGGAGACGUUUCAGGCUUUGAAGUCGGCGUGGGGUCAGCAGCCGGAUCUGGCCGCAAAUGAAGCGCUUCUGCUGCAAAAGAUUCAACUGCUGUGUCUUAUGGAGAUGACUUUCCCCCGACCAGCCAAUCACAGACAGCUCACUUUUGAGGAGAUUGCCAAGAGUGCCAAAGUCACCGUGAACGAGGUGGAAUUGCUGGUGAUGAAGGCGCUCUCGGUCGGCUUGGUGAAAGGCAGCAUUGAUGAAGUUGAUAAGAGGGUGCACAUGACGUGGGUACAACCACGUGUGCUGGAUUUACAACAGAUCAAAGGGAUGAAGGACCGCCUGGAGUUCUGGUGCACAGACGUGAGGAGCAUGGAGAUGUUGGUGGAGCACCAAGCCCACGACAUCCUGACAUAAGGACCUCGCGCUGCCCCCGGGAGAGCGAUUGCUGCGGCCACCGGCCUCGGGCACUGACUCUGUACUGAAUUCUGUUGACAGGGGUGGGUGGGCAGAGGGGGGAGCAGCUUUCUGAUGCUUGUUUGGAGGAGUAAGUGGCCUUUCGCUGUGUAACCCUUUGGUGCUUGGAGUCAAGAUUUCCCUACGCGCUCGCAUGAGCGGCCCUGCCCGUGGGAGCUCCCAUCCUGCUCCCACACAGG